AUGUACUUCUGGGGGAGCGCUGGCCCCGGGAGGCUGCAGCGCCGGGAACCACCGCGGGGCGCAGCGCUGCAGCAGGCGGCCUGCGGGGAGCGCCACUCGCUGCUGCUGCUGAGCGACGGCACCGUCCACUCUUGCGGGGACAACAGCCGGGGCCAGCUGGGCCGGAGGGUCACGCCGCGCGGGGACCGGCCAGAACCAGUUAAGGCAUUGGAAACUCUACAGGUUGUCCUUGUGAGCUGUGGAAAGGAGCACUCCCUGGCUGUCUGUCACAAAGGAAGGGUCUUUGCGUGGGGAGCUGGUUCUGAAGGACAGCUGGGGAUUGAAGAAUUUAAGGAAAUAAUUUUUACUCCUAAGAAGAUAAAAACUCUGAGUGAUAUAAAAAUAAUACAAGUUUCCUGUGGAGACUACCAUUCCCUGGCAUUAUCAGAAGAUGGCCACGUGUUUUCAUGGGGAAAGAACAGCCAUGGGCAGCUGGGCCUGGGGAAGGAUUUUCCCUCCCAGGCCAGCCCGCAGAGGGUGAGGUCCCUGGCGGGGAUCCCGCUGGCUCAGGUGGCUGCAGGAGGGGCCCACAGCUUUGCCCUGUCUCUCUCUGGGACUUCAUUUGGUUGGGGAAACAACAAUGCAGGGCAGCUGGCCUUAAGGGGCCAUAAUGUCCCAGUGCAAAGCUACAAGCCUCGUUCAGUUAGUGAGCUGAAGAGUCUAGAUGUGAUUUAUAUCAGCUGUGGUUAUGAACACACUGCAGUGCUUACACAGGAUGGGAAAGUGUUUACAUUUGGAGACAAUAGCCAGGGACAGCUGGGACACAGCCCCACUGCUAAGAAGAGUGGUCCACAACACGUGGAAAAAAUAGAUGGCCUAGUUUCACAGAUAGAUUGUGGAAGUUACCACACCCUUGCAUAUGUCUAUACUACUGGUCAGGUGGUGUCUUUUGGUCGUGGAUCAAGUUGCACAAACAACCCAACUCAUCCGAAGGCCCAGAUGGACAACUUUGACAUUAGCUGCCUGAUUUCUGCUGGUAACCUUAAGGAUGUUCAAGUCAAACACAUUUUUGCUGGAACGUAUGCCAAUUUUGUGACAACUUAUCAGGGUACUUGUCCCACAAACGUUUCCAAGAAAACCUUGCCAGAAAUAAGCCGAAUUAACCAGUCCCAGGUGGAACGAUGGAUGACAGUGACAGUUGGAAGUACCGAAUAUGAAGUGGCUAAGAGUGAAAUUAGAAUGAUAUUUUCAUCUCCUGCUUGUCUGACUGCAAGUUUUUUAAAGAAAAGAGAAUCUGGAGGAACAAAUUCCAUUGAUGUGGACUUACAACUGGCAAGUGAAACCUUCAAGAAGUUAACAGAAAAGGAAUGGAUUUCAUUCAUGAUAACUACAUGUCUCAAGGAUAAUCUACUCAGCGCUCUUCCCUCUCAUUCUCCACACCAAGAAGCGGUAUCAAUUUUCCUUCUGCUCCCACAGUGUCCUGUGAUGCAUGAUUCUAUGAAUUGGAAAAUUCUGCUGGUUCCAUUUGCACAGGCUGUUAAUAAUAUGAGUGACCAAUCUUUACGUGUCCUGAAGCAGUGUUGGGCCACUUUGCAAGAAUCUUCUCUCAACACACUGGUCCAGAUGCUUAAAUCAGCCAUCAUUGCUCAACUGUGUUAUUGGAACUGCAUAAAUCAGAGUAACUAUAAUGUUGAAGCUCUUCUAAGCAUGAUGAAAAAAGUGUAUAAGGUAAACAAAGCUAACCGUCAACUACCAGAGAACACUUUCAACAUAAAAGAACUCUCCAGCUGGUUGAGCAAUUAUAAAGAAAUAAUGGUCAUUAAUAACCUGGUACCUGAAGGAAACUACUUUCACAUUAUUCUCAGUAAAUUUCCAUUUAUCUUUAAUUUUCUAUCCAAAAUGAAAUUAUGGCAAGCUGAUUCCAGUAUAAAAAAGGUAAAGUUAAAAAUGAUUGGGCAAAUGAUUCCACCAGGAAAGAAUGAAGUCUCUACAUCACCGACAUUUUUACUUCGAGUCAGACGAAGUCACCUAAUUCAAGAUGCCCUGCAUCAGUUAAACGAAGCAGAAGUCACUGACCUCCAGAAAGAAUUAGUGGUUGAAUUUAUUAAUGAAAUUCGUUCUGUGGGUAAAGGAGUAAAGUCUGAGUUCUUCCACUGUGUAUUUGAAGAGAUGACCAAGACAGAAUAUGGACUGUUCAUAUAUCCUGAAGAAGGUUCCUACAUGUGGUUUCCUGUCAACACUAAAUUUGAGAAGAAGAGAUAUUUCCUCUUUGGGAUGCUGUGUGGACUCUCCCUAUACAAUUUAAAUGUUGCCGAUAUUCCUUUCCCACUAGCUCUGUUUAAGAAACUUCUGGACCAAAAGCCAUCAUUGGAAGAUUUAAAAGAACUCAGUCCUGUUUUGGGGAAGAAUUUGGAAGAAGUUCUAAAUUAUGAUGCUGAUGACAUUGGAGAAGCACUGAACAUAUAUUUUUCUAUACAUUGGGACCAAAAGGAUGUUAAUUUAAUUACAAAUGGGAUCUCCGUACUUGUGGACCAAACCAACAAGAAAGACUACGUUUCUAAGUGUGUUGAUUAUAUUCUCAAUACAUCCAUAGAAGAAGUUUAUGAGGAAUUUCAAAGAGGAUUUUAUAAAGUCUGUGACAAGGAGAUACUUACACUUUUCCAUCCUAAAGAACUAAUGACAGCAAUAGUUGGAAAUAUAGACUAUGACUGGAAACAAUUUGAAAAGAAUUCAAGGUAUGAGCAAGGAUACUCUGAAUCACAUCCUACUAUACGGAUGUUUUGGAAGGCUUUCCACAAUUUAACUCUGGAUGAAAAGAAAAAGUUCCUCUUUUUUCUUACAGGAAAUGAUAGGCAGACUGUCAGAGGAUUACAAGAAAUGGGAAUCAGAUUUUGCUGUCCUGAAACUUUCAGUGAAAGAGAUUGCCCAAUAUCGCUUGUAUGUCAUAAUAUUCUCUACCUCCCUAAAUACUCUACAAUGGCAAGAGUGGAAGAAGCACUUCAGUUAGCCAUCAACAGCAACAGAGGAUUUGCUACACAAGCAAUAAAGUGA